AAUUGGAAGAUCGAGUCCAUAUGAAAUAAGACGUUAAGUUGAACGGUUUACCGUCAAAUGUAAGUAUCUAGUUUACUAUCAAGUGGACUUGAAGAGGAUUUAAGGGGAUAUAGGUGAUUUCGGAAGUGGCGUCUUGUGGAACUUAGGAAAUUUUCAAGAAACUUGUGCAUAGUGAGAUUUCCUUGUUCAGUUUGUCGAGUGUUAAUUGUGAAUAGAUAAUUUUUUAUGAAUGGUGGGAAACCGUGGAAAAUAAGGUCCCUCAAAAAAUGGAUAUAGUGUCGCUAACUGCUAAUAUGUGCAACUAAUGAAAUCAAGUGAUCAAUUAUAUUCAUAUAAGCAAAACAGGAGACAAUCAUUGAACAAGGAGAAGCUGCUGUACUAUCUUUUUUGGGUGAAAUCAUAUACUAUAAGUGUCGUUCACCAACGUGACUCUCGGCUAUGAAACAGCCCGCAGCACCAUCAAGCUAGUAGUUCUACUUUAGUCAUCCUUAAGGUCCGGUAGAUCUCAACGAAAAGGCUUAAUACAACACAAUGCGAGAUAAAAACUAUGCAUGUGGAGUGCGCUUUUGGCAUCCAGAAUGGCUACAAAAAUAUGCUACCACGAAAUGGUUUCUAGGAAUUUAUGGGCUGCUUGGGACCGUUCAAGCAAUGUCCUAUAUGUACUUCAUAGUAACGCUUACCACGAUAGAAAGAAGAUUUCACAUGCCUAGUCAAACAACAGGAAUCGUUCUCAGCGGUAACGAAAUAUCACAAAUCCUUUUAUCACUCAUACUUUCAUAUGUGGGUGGUCAAAGGAAUCGGCCGUUAUGGAUAGCCUGGGGUAUGGUAUUCUGCGGAUUAUCUUGCUUCAUCCUAGCAUUGCCACAUUUACUCUAUGGUCUUGGAGAUGAUGCUUUCCACCUUACCAAAGAAUAUUUUGAUAUUGUCGGAACAAAGGCCCACGUGAUCCUUGGGAAUAGUACCGCAAUUAUCCCAAAAAAAGCAGAAGAUCGCGGAUUAUGCAAAGCGACAGUUGAUGAAGAGGAAUGCGAAAAUAUAGUCAAAAUAGUGCCAUUACUGUUGAUCUUCCUUUCACAAUUCAUCCUGGGUAUUGGUAACACUCUAUACUAUUCUUUAGGACAAACUUAUUUGGAUGAUAAUACGAAGAAAAAGAACACUCCAUUGAUGUUGGCAUAUGCCAUGGCAUUAAGGAUGAUUGGUCCAAUAUUUGGAUUCUUCCUGGGUUACGUUGCCCUCAACAUGUUCAUCGACCCCAGUAAAACUCCUCUCAUCGAUAGAAACGACCCCCGUUGGUUAGGGGCGUGGUGGUUUGGUUGGAUCCUCUUGGGUACAGCUAUGUUGAUGUUCUCUGGACUGAUUGCUCUAUUUCCCAAGAGAUUGCCAAAAGACAAGGCGAUGCUAUAUGAUUCCCAUCAACCGAGGACACUUCUGGCUGAAGAAUCAAAGAACUUGAACGGAGAUCUGGAAAUAGAUACGAGAUCCCCUCCGAAGGACGAUCUGCCAAAAUUAAAAGAUCUCCCCAAAGCGCUUGGUCGUCUCCUGAAAAACCGAUUGAUAAUUUUCAACAAUUUUGCCGCAAUUUUCUACAUCCUAGGAGCAUCAGGUUACAUGACAUUCAUGGCACGCUAUAUGGAAGUUCAAUUCCAUCGAAGUUCACAGAGUGCAACAAUUGUGGUUGGUCCAUUGACGAUAGGAGCUAUGCUUACGGGACUUUUGCUGUCGGGUUGGGUGAUCUCGAAGAAACGACCUAGCGCUAGUAAAGUACUAUUCUGGAAUGUGAUCGUUGCCUGUGUGUACAUGUGUGGACAGUUUUCAUAUAUGUUCUUCUACUGCGGUGAUACCAGGACAAUGAUGCAGAAUGGAGUAUUCAAUCUUACAUCUACCUGUAACCGAGACUGCCAUUGUGAUAAAGCUACAUAUAGUCCUGUUUGUCAUGAGCCCACAGGACGAACGUUCUUCUCCCCCUGUCAUGCUGGCUGCCAAUCAUGGAACAAGGCGGAGAAUACUUAUUCGGACUGCACUUGUGCCCUCCCUGAAUACAGUAACUUACCAACCACCCCACCCAGUUUCGCACAGAUAGGCACCAUACAUCAAGAAAUCAAAACCUUCGCACCAGGAUCCAAGCAAACAACUCCCAAAUUUUUCAACCCAUCAGUUAAACCGACAAGUAGUACCCCAGCUAGUUCCUUCUUUGACACCCUCACAGCUGGGGCGUGCCUGGAAGGAUGCACUUGGGCAUUCUAUGGAUUUACUAUGCUAUCACUGUUGGUCCAUUGGGUUGGAUCUUCCGGACGUAUAGGCAAUGUGUUGGUCAACUAUCGAGCCGUGUCACCAGAGGAUAAAUCAUUUGCUCAAGGAUUGACGUUGAUGAUGUUAAGCCUAUUCGCGAUGAUUCCAGGACCGAUUAUUUUUGGACGUGUCAUUGAUACAACUUGUUUGGUGUGGAAUUAUCAAUGCGGUAAACGAGGAGAUUGUCAAUUGUAUGAUCAAGAGGUUUUCAGAUAUUCCAUGAACGGAUUGUCCUUAGUGUUAACGGGCCUCGGAGCCAUUUUUGAUGUACUCGUUUGGUUCCAUGGACGAAAUUUAGAUCUUUAUGGGGAAGCUGACGAGGCCAGACUCAAAGAAAUGGAAGAAAAGAACAACUCGGACAACACUCGUAAAUUGCCAAUUUCAUGAUCUUCAAUCGAACAAAAAUAGAACGAAGGCCACAGAGAAAGUGAUGAUAUCUAGGAAUUUUAACUAAUUCUUUUUAAUAUCUGAUACUAGGAAUGUAAAUAGAAUGUGCUUCUUGUUAUCUCGUUUUAAGAAAAUAAAUUUAUUCUUUGGUUAAA